AUGACUUUAGAUCCAAGGAUGGCCACUGUUAAUACAAAUAGGGCCCCUCCUAUUGAUACUACAAAUACCUCUGCGUCAGAAGAUGGUGCUAUGAAAUUGCUUUCACCAUUUGUUGCCAAUAGACCCGCAGAGGAAAGCGUUCCUGCAUCUGUUUUUGAUUACAUAGUGUGCACUGAAUUUGACAAAAAGAAAGGGCUCAAUGUUACCAAACAAUAUCCAUUGGAUCUUCCCCUGAUUUCAAAUCAGUUGGAUAAUCUCAUGGGUUUGAUUAUGCCUCCAAAUCUUCAAAAGUUUCUAAACAGAGAGCACUACACGAUGGUUCCUAUGUACAUUGAUCUGGCUACAAGUUUGCUUUCAUAUUCUAAAGACACUCUUACGUUUGUUCCUUGCUAUUUAUAUAGCUUGAGUUAUUUCCAAAAUGACAACACCUACAGAAACGGUACGGCGAGAGCCAUCUCCAUAGUUACGCGCCUUCCCAUCGUUCAAGUUUUCAAGCCGUUGAUGUAUUUCAUGCUUCAAAAUGAAUUCCAGGAGUCGGUGGGUUCUUUGCAGAUUCAAACGGUUUGGCAAAAUAUGAAUAAAAUGCCCAUUCCGGAGGUUAUUGAUGCCUAUAAGAAGUUAUCAUAUGAUGAACGUUUUGUUCUCACUAGACUAGAUCAGGGGAAGCCGGUGCUAUCUUCUGAACUUAGGGAAUUCUUCCCCCAUUCUGACGGUUCCCUAAUAAAAUGUACAGUUAAUCUUGGAAAAAUCGAUUUCCCAAUUCAAAUUCCGGAAACAUCCCUUCUUUGUUCUCGCCUGGCAAUGUAUGGUGCUGAUCUUCAAAAAGAUUCUAACUUACGCAAUCUUUUAGAAACUCUUCAAAAGUGUGAGAUUGAAUAUGAUGGUGGAUAUCAAGAAUGUUCUAUGGCACCUUACAAGGGUAUUGAUCCAUUGUGUUUGAUCUUGAAUGCCGUUUUACUACGUAAAAGGAUAGUCUUGUAUUGUUAUGAUUCUUGCUAUAACAUUGUGAUGGAUUUUGGAUCAUCGUUGCUAUCCUUGUUUAACGACGAGUUACAUUAUCAAUAUCCAUUUUACCCAAUUCUUGAUCUCGGGACUCUGGAUUUAAUUAAGGGAUAUAAAUCAUACCUCAUUGGUACCUCAAAUUUACUUUUCAAGGAAAAACUAACCUGGGAUGUUUAUUUUGACAUGGACUUAAAAAAGAUUUACGUCCGACCUGGUGAUCAAAAUGUUGGUUCUGAGUUCUUUUUGGAGUCUGGCUCCUCUUCAGACGAUAAGCGUAUUAGUGUCAUAAGUAGUGGUAUUAGAAGUUUAUUUAAACAUGGAGAUUCCGUGGCAAGCGAGUUCCGACAAUCUCUGAAUACAUUUUCCAGUUCUUCUGCUUCCAUUCUGUCCGAUACAUCUUCAAUUUCAUCUAUGUGCUCGCCUGAUUCGACUGCCGCUUUUAAGCUUUCAUCAUGGGACCCGCUCUACUUUCCUCAUAUCAAGAAGGAAAGAGUUGACAAAUUUUUAGACUCCAAGCGGGACGCCAAUUUUUUCCAAUUUGGCUUUCAUUUUCAAAAGAUUCCAUUUGAGAAGACGAUAUUUGCAAGUGGAAAGAGAACGUCUCUUCCAAGUAUUGAUACUAAACUUCUCAGUCAGGUACAACUCUUACUUGCCGAGCACCAUACGGAUCUAACAAUUUACAUCGUAAUUACGAAUUACUUACGGAAUUUGACAUCCAAUAUAUUACCUUCAUUUUAUCACUAUUUAAAUUGGUUCAAAUUGAGGGAAUACAGGAAAUUCAUUCAAAGUAAACUAUCGGAUGAUAGUUCAAGAAAUUCUAAGAGCAAUACAUCAACCCCUUUGGAGCUGAGGAACUAUAUUAAAAAUGAGAAGAUAAUACUUCCAUUACCUCUGAAUUACAAGUACUCGCCGGAAACAACAUUCGUUGACAGUUCUAAACAGCAUCAUUAUUAUUCAAGGAUUGUGUACCAAAAUAGGCAGUUGAUGAAGCUUGCCACCGCUUACGACAACACGAUAUUUUAUGUUGGAAGUGAAGACAAGGAUUUGAUUCCUGGAUUUUUAUUUGAUUGGCAAGGUGAAGUUUUGAGAUAUGACGUUUGCUACACACUUUCCAUUUUUGAUAGAUUAAUAGAUGGGAAGUCAUCUGAAAGCUGGAGACUUAAUAUGUCAUUUCUUCUUCAGUUUUAUAAGUCUAUGAACCAGGUGUUAAAAACGGACAAAAAGCACUUUAUCAGACUUCUUGCUGAAUAUUUUACAAUUAGUGAAUUGCCUUCGGAGUUCAAGGAAGAUGGUGAUGAUGGUGCUGAAACACGAAUAAAUGAUGAUAUACUUGCCCAAUGUUAUGGGCAGGGUUUUGCACGUUUCAAUAAGCUUGUGCUUAUUGCUGCUUCAUAUCAGGUUGCUAAAGGUAGCAUAAAGGUAAAAAGAAAGAAGGAUCUCGUACUCACAGAGUUCAAGAAGGUCCUAAGCUCUAUUCUUAAUAACUCUUUCUUCAAACACCACAUGCUUCAUCAUCUAGAUGAUUAUAUGAAACUCAAUAUUAAUGAUUUCAUAGAUUAUCACAUGUGA